GGUUUAACAUAGCGGGUUCGCGAGUUUUGGUUCGGGCACCGACCCAGCCCCGCGGUUCCUAAUCUCCGGUAACCGCAACGCGCCCUUUACAAUACGAGAAAGAAAUCCCUUUCUCCCCCUUCCGUGCCGUCAAGCAAACCCCAAAUACACAGAACACGGCGGCGCGGCUAGAAAACGCUGAGAGCUUCCGUUCCCUCGUCGUCUCAAUCCGAGUGGGUUAUCGCCGGAAUCUUCAAUUCCUAUUCCGGAUCGUUUCUCGGAGAAGAAUAGUGAAAGAGAGGGGUAUUUCUCGUAUAGUUUUAUUGAAUUGAAAAAAGGGGCUGUAAAUGGGGAAGAAGAAGGGCGAAGUAAUGGUAGAAGACACUGCUCCGGCAUCGAACAUCUUCAGAACGCUCUUCAGCGCCGCCGAGGAAGGAACUGCCGCCAUUCCUUCCAUCUUCUCGGACGAAAACCCUUUCAAACGGAAGCCCGAGGAACACCCUAAAGUAUCCGAAGCUGAGGGUCCUGAAAUCGAUGCCGAGCCGAAGAAGAAGAAGCGAGACAAAGUGGAAGACUCCAGUUUUGAUUCUGGAGAAGAGACGGAGAUGAAGAGGAAGAAGAAGAAGAAGAAGGAAGUAAAGUUGGAAUCGGCGGUAUUAGCAGCAGCAGAAGGAGGAGAGAACGACUUGGGCGGGAACAAGAAGGCGGAGAAGAAGAAGAGGAAGAGGGAAGAGGUCGAGAGGGAAUACGAGGAGAAGAGGUACGGGCCGGGUGUAGAGAGUCCGGAACCCGAGGUUAGGGUUGGAGGGAAGAGGAAGAAGCCUGAUGCGGAUGCUGGUGAGACGUUGAAGAAAGAGGAAGGAUUUGAUGAUGAGGAAAAGCUGUUGAGGACUGUGUUUGUUGGAAAUUUGCCAUUGAAGGUGAAGAAGAAAGCAUUGUUGAAGGAGUUCAGCCAGUUCGGGGAAGUUGAGUCUGUGAGAAUCCGUUCUGUGCCAGUUAUGGAUACUAAGAUACCCAGAAAGGGUGCCAUUAUGCAGAACAAAAUCAAUGAUGCUGCUGGGAGUGUUCAUGCAUACAUCGUCUAUAAAACAAUGGAAUCUGCUGAGGCAUCUCUCUCACAUAAUAUGGCAGUGGUUGCAGGAAACCAUAUUCGUGUUGACAGGGCUUGCCCUCCUCGAAAAAAAUUGAAGGGAGAGGAGGCUCCGCUCUACGAUAAUAAAAGAACUAUUUUCUUGGGCAACCUCCCAUUUGAUGUCAAGGAUGAAGAAAUUUAUCAGCUUUUCACCGGCAUCAAGGGUCUGAGUUCUGGCAUCGAAGGGGUUCGAGUUGUUAGAGAUCCUAACAAUGGUCUGGGGAAGGGUAUUGCUUAUCUCCUGCUUAAGGAUAAGGAAUCUGUCAACUUGGUAAUGCAGAAGCGAAGCCUAAAACUUCGGGAUCGAGAAAUCAGGCUGUCUCGUGCACGGCAACAAGAUUCUACUACCCCAACCAAGAGGGCCAAUCCAUUUUCGGGAGACAGAAGUCAGUCACCCAGCAAUAAGAAGUUUGUGAGGGGGAACAAACCUACAGGAGGAUUCGGUCAGGCAAACACCACCGCGUAUGAGGGUUGGCGAGCAAAGAAGUCUGGGGUGCAGAAGAAACCCACUUCACAACUCCAAACAUCGAGCAGGACUAUGUUCAAGAAACGUCGCGAACAAACACGUGACGGGAAGAGACCUUCUGUCGCAGCAAGGAAGGCGAAGGCUCUUGGAGGAGGGAAUGAUGGUGGGGGUAGUGGAAGGAAAGCAACCGGGAAAAAGAGGAAGCUAGAGACUCCAAAUAGCAGCAACUGGAAGAAAGCGAAGAAACCCAGAUAAGAAGCUUGUUGGUUCUUGAUUGUGUCAUCGCACAAUCAAAGAGUUAUGCUUCAGUUUCAAGUCCAAAGGAGGGACUACCUUGUUGAACACUUCAUUUUAUAGCAGUGUACGAUUUCAUUUAGUUUGGUUCAACUGUUUGGUGAAUGUAGGCUUGGGAUUGUUUACUUCCAAGAUACCCUUUUACGUCUUUACAUUGCUCUCUUUGUGUAACCUACUGUUUAUGUUUAUCUAGAUCAAGGGAUUAUCCUUAAAGUCACCCUCAAUGAUGAUUAUUAUUCGCUCAA